AUGAGUUCAAGAACUUGGCCCCUUGCAUAUCGUUCCCCUUUAGGAUAUGCUUAUAAACUUUACCUUGAAGGAAAUCUUGCUUCUUCUUUGCAUAUACUAAAAACAUACUUUCAAGAAGGAUAUCCGAAAGAAGAGGAUUUUGAUUCAGCAUGCAAUUUAUAUUUGCAAGUUUCGAGUGAACUCAACAAUUCAUGGCAGGAAACAGUAGAAUGGCUGAAUUUAGUCCAUAAUGGAACGAUUCCUAAUUCGCUACUUCACGAGUUGAUUAUUAUCUACAGUUCAAAGAAAACGUGGGAAUCGAGUAAGCAAGUAGCUGAGUUUCUCUCACUUGUUAUAUCGUCAAAGAAUGAAGUUUUUAUAGAUAGUCGGGGGUACCAAGUUGAGGAACAACUUGUGAAACUAGCUUGUGAAUGGAAUCUAUUUGCUCUUGCUAAAUCCCUUCUCGUGAGUCCUAAAAGAAAGAAAGAGGAGGAACUUUUGAACUACAUUUCUGAGAAAGACUUACAAAACAAGCUGAAACAAAGCUUGUCACCAGACAUGCUGCCUCGAAAUGACGCUACAAAUAAGGGAGAUACUUUUACUUUGAAAGGUUUUACAAACAUUAUAACAAAACUCUUCUCUCAGUUGAGCGCAAAAAUUGGUUUGCUUCGGAACAUUCCUACAUGGUUUCCAAGAUAUUACAACCUUUUGUUUAUUUUUUUCGCUUUGGUAACAAUACUUUUUAAAAUUAAAGGUGUUUUUUUUGAGACUUAG